AUGACUCGAUUGGAUCCGAUGAGUAACACCAACUGCGACCUCGACGGGCCGUGGGUCGUCAUCGGGACGGUCCAAGAGGCAGUGGACAUCCAUGAAGCCAAAAUCAGGACGUUCAUCGAGCCCAGGCUUCAAGCCUGGGCCACCACGGACGCUUUGCGAGAUCGGCUCGCACUGGCCCCGCGGGCCGGGGCGGUGCUAUCGGACGACAUCCGCCACACGGCGCCUCCCAGAGGCAAUCUGAGGAUAGCCGAUUCCCGAAUCCGCGCUGUCGACGACGCCCCGGCGUCGUCGCCGUCCGAGGCUGCGGCUUUGGCGCCAUUUCCGCCUCCAACCAACUUGUCACUGGAGAACCUCGGCCCGAAUCCAGGCCUGCGUGUCUCGUUCACUACUCUGUUCUGA